CUGUGAAAAGUCCUUUUUGGCAUCUAGAUCUUUGUGGUUGUUGUAGUUUUUGAUUUUCAGGUUACCAGGGGUCAACCCACAAAGAAAAUCAAUCAGGCUGAGCAGUGAAACCUGGUGGAUGACGGCUCAGCUGGCUGUUUUUCUCAGAAUUAAAGAACAAAAAUAUCAUGGAUGGAUCCAAUUAGGGAGAGGGGGGGGCAAGCGAUGAUGAAGGGAGGAGGAUGACAGGGGUGGAGGAGGAGUGGGGAAGAAAGAGUGAGACAAUCCAUAGAACAAAAGGCAUUUCGGAGGACGGGAAAGUUCUCAUGACAUAUAACACUGGCUGCCAGAGUCCAAAAGAUGGGCAGACUUCCAGUGGCAGUGCUUCUCUGCAGUUUCCAAGUAAUUGUUGCUGUGGUUUCCGAUCAACAAGCAGUAACCCUGCAGAUUGACAGAGGAGAUGGUGAUCUUCAUGCGAUCUCUGAAUCCCCUCAAGACUGCAGGGAAGAGACAUACCCCUGCACCAGGAUGUACUCUGUCCAGCAACCCAUAAAGAGGUGUAUUCAUUCCCUCUGUCUUUACAGUAUCCCCCGAGUCUACUUGAUCAACAAGGAGAUUUGUGUAAGGACCGUCUGUCAACAGGAGGAAAUCCGUAAAGCGGACCUGUGCAGAGAGAGAUCCGGUUGGCCAAAGCGAAUGCAGAGGUCAGUGCAGAAACGCUGCCGCCGUGGCAACCCCAAAACCUGGGAAAACAGAACCUGAAGGAGGGCAGAAGAGUCAACAGUAAGAAAAUAAAGAAAAUAAUGAGUGAGACCUUUCUGUAUCCUAAUAAACCAACUGUGUUUUGGGGGGAAAUCACUUAACCCUGUUCCUCAUAAUUAAUAUGUACUUCUUUAGUUCUGUGACAGUCUAUGUUAUGUAUAUCAUUUUCUGUAAUUCAUAACAUUUGAACUAAAUACUACAAUUCAAAAUUUCUGAAAUACGUUUGGUUGGUGCUUAAUAUAGGGGCAUUAAGAGAAUAUGUUACAUGCCAAUUUUCCAGAACUUUUCUGGAACAAACCGUGAUACUUAGAGUUUACACCCAUUUAACAAAUGGUUGUAUUUGUGAUGGAAACAAAGUCGCUGCUUCCUAAUGAAGAGACUGUUACUGUACCUGUUAGCACAUUAUUUAACUAAAAAAAAAAACUUGCACAAGCCCCACAUCCUUCAAGACUGCAAAGAAAAAAGGUCAUUCCUGAAAGUGUAGGCUGAUGCCGACUCCACGCUGGGGGAUUCACAUGAAUCGUUUAAUUAUCAAGGACAGGAGUCUCUGCUUUGCUUCAAAUAGCAGAUUGGAAUGUUGUUAAAACUGAAGGUGUAGGAAUGCUGAUGUUGUUAAAGACUAGCAAGCAGUGAAACUAAACUAUGCACACUGUAUAACUGAAUUAACAUAUGGAACUAUACAUUAAAACACUUAACCAUCCCUUCAUGUAGCGAUACAACCUGUUUCUACUAUUAAUCUCUCCAAUCAAGGUCUUUCUCCUCAUACUCAGCAUAUAACCUGAAAAGCAAAUAUAAAUCAAAAUGUAAACACCCACAGAUUUACAGUGAUAUUAAUAAAUAUGCUUACAAGACAUGCUUCGAUUUA